AUGUACGGUCGAUCAGGAGGAGGAGCUUAUGGCCGACGAGGCGGCGGAGAUCUAGAAGGUGGUCGCCACAAUGAUACUAAUGCCGGUAUUUUGGAACAACAAAACAAUGAACGAAUCAAUGAAUUGAGUGAACAAGUUAACAGGCUGAAGGGUCUGACCAUUGAUAUUGGGAACGAAGUCAGUGAACAAAAUCGACUAUUGGAAAACAUGGGAGAUGGAUUCCAAAACGCUAAGGAUAUGCUACAAGGCUCCCUGGUACGAAUUGGGACCAUGCUGGAAUCGGGAGGUGCCAAGCACAUGUGUUAUAUGGUGGGAUUCGUGGUGCUAGUGAUUGUCUUUUUGUAUUGGGUCAUGACUCACAAAGGAACAUCAGGUGCCUAA